CCCGGAGCACAAACUUCUUCCCAUCAGUCACGCAGUCGACGAAUCUACAGAAGAAACAUCACAGAAUGCUAAGGGCUGUUUUGCUCCUGUUGGCUGUAGUUGGUCUCCAUGCAAGACCGCUGCAAGAUGCCACUGGAAUCAGAAAGAGUGGCUGGGAAACCAAGGGUCCACAGCUGGUUCAAGAUGAACACAAGGAAGACUCGGUCCGCUGGAUCACCAGAGAACAUUCACGUCAUUCUAGACCGAUGAGCUUGAACACUGGUGUAAAACACGAGCGCCACAAAUCAAUUCCGGUGGAGCUCCGCAGGCAGGGAACAGAACCAUCCCGACGUUUCCUGAUGGAUCUGGACACCGGAAUGCUCAAGGAGAACGUUGGAGAAAUGAACAGAAGAGUCGCCGGCUUUUACAAUCCUUCGGCGCAUGAGGUGAGACAGGGAACUCAGAACUCUCGGGCCUCUCUGGUGGAUGUCAGAACCGGUCAGGUGCUGCAUCCACUAUCAGAGAUGCAGAGGAGCGCGGCGGCACAUGAGGGCUCCACCGAGCUGCACAGACAAGAAACAGAACCUUCUAGAAACCUGAUGGACUUGAACGCCGGUCAACUCAAAGAACACAGAAAUAAAAUGGACAGUAAAGCAACAGGUUCUAAAUGGGAAGUGGUUUCUGGUCCUGAUCAAAGACCAGACACUUCUAGACACGAGGAGAACCACAACUCAGAUGCUGUGGAGUUCCGCAGGCAGGGAACAGAACCAUCCCGACGUUUCCUGAUGGAUCUGGACACCGGCAUGCUCAAGGAGAACGUUGGAGAAAUGAACAGAAGGGUCGCCGGCUUUUACAAUCCUUCACCGCAUGAGGUGAGACAGGGAACUCAGAACUCUCGGGCCUCUCUUGUGGAUCUCAGAACCGGUCAGGUGCUGUAUCCACUAUCAGAGAUGCAGAGGAGAGCAGACCCACCAGAUACAUGGGAAGUGAAGUCCGGCCCUGCGCAUGAGGAAAAGAAAAGUCAGCACUCUUCAGGACAUGACAACCACAAACCAGUUCCUGUUGAGCUCCGCAGGCAGGGAACAGAACCAUCCCGACGUUUCCUGAUGGAUCUGAACACCGGCAUGCUCAAUGAGAACGUUGGAGAAAUGAACAGAAGGGUCGCCGGCUUUUACAAUCCUUCAGCGCAUGAGGUGAGACAGGGAACUCAGAACUCUCGGGCCUCUCUUGUGGAUCUCAGAACCGGUCAGGUGCUGUAUCCACUAUCAGAGAUGCAGAGGAGAGCAGACCCACUGAAGGAGUCCAGGCCGUACAUCCUGAAAGAUGCUGGAGAGGCUGGAGCUGUCUGCCACGGUGAGAUCAUUCAAGGGAGGUGCUACAGUUUCAAUCCGACUCCACAGACAUUCAAUGAAGCUGAGGUGUCCUGUAAAACACUGUCUCCGGAAGGACACGUGGCGUCAGCGGCGAACGCAGAUGUACAUAAACAGCUUGUGGCGAUGGUGACCAAAGCAAAGAAUCAUCCCAUUUUGACGUGGCUUGGCGGAAUUCAGAAGGAAAACCAGUUCCGCUGGAUAGAUGGUUCCUCUUGGGGAUACAGCGACUGGAUGCCUGGUCACCCCCAGAAACACAAGCUGUCCUGCCUUGAGAUGUUCAGAUUUGAUGAGACCUGGUGGACAGCAGUUGACUGCGGUCAAAGGAGAGCGUUCAUCUGUUCUUACCCGAUGACUGCAUGAGGAGCUUAUGAUCUGC